AGCGGGAGCGGCUGGCGCAGCUGGCGAGCGUGCCCGGAGCGGCCCCGCGGCGGCCUAGAGCGACCUCAGUGCUGUCGCUGUCCGCUCCCGGCGCGCUGGCACGGGGCAGUGCCGCGGGGAGCCCUAAUCCCAGAUGGGCGUUGUUUCGCCCCCGCCACCCCACCCCCGCUUUUCCCGAGCUCCGGAGUUCACUGGGGUGACAUGCUUGGGCAGCUGCAGUGAACAUACACAGUGCUUCUCCAUGCCUGACACCUUGGGCUCCGACGCGGGGAUGCCUCCCUCGCGUGCGGGACGCGCAUCUGGAUGCGCAUCACAUCCUCGUUAAAUAAUUCCGUCGGUUAGUCCAAGUUGUGAUGAGGGGUCGGAAAGUCCCUUUACAUGUUUUAAAUCUUCUUUCAGGCAAAGCAGAAUGUCACAUUGGAAAUUAAAAUACUUAAUGCGGUCUCUUGUUAAGAACAUUUUUUAAUAAUUACCAUCUAAGAUAACUUAGCAAACAAUAAAAGUCGUCUAUAUUUCCUUACAUAGAACUGAAGUCAGUAAUUUUGCCAUCAGAGUCUAUUUGCAACUUUCUCUGCACUGAAGGUGCCAAAUUUCUGGGGUAAAAACCGCAACCUAACAGUUCCUACGACGCAAAAACUUUCUGGGCAUGCUUGUAGACACGAGGCGACCCUAGCCUUUGAAUGGUGAAUUCUGAGGAAGAAGCAGCUGUUGUCUUGAGCCACUUCUAACUGAGGACUGAAAAUGCGAGCAGUUGAAAGUGAGGCGAAGGCAAAAACCAAAGUCCGCUUUGAGGAGAUCUUCAGACGCCAUGCUGGCCUAGCAGAUGCAAAGAAAUCAAGGAGAAAGAAGUUUGACUCUCAAGAGAGUAUUGUGCUUGAUACCUUUAGAAAUAAUAUUGAUCUAUCUAAGGAAUGUGUGAAUGAUGAAGCAAUUAUAAACAAUACAUAUAAUCCUGAAGAAGAGAGCCCAAGAUUUACAAAAAAUAAAUUGCGAGAGAAAGCAUCAAUUGCAAAGAAAAUAAACAAUGAUGUUGUUAGUGGAGAAGAGAACAAGCAGCUAAAGUUGAACAGGAAGAAAAAGAAGUCACUGUUACAAGAACAAUUUAAUGAGGAGGAAGAUUUAUAUGAAGCUAAAUUGGAGAGUUUUGAAGAAAAAACUAAUGAUUUUCCAAAGAAGAAAACAAAAAGUAAAUCACAAACAGAUGUACCUGAUCAAGAAGGUGAUAGAAAGAUCAAAAAUUUCUUGACUGAAGUGAGAAGAGUAACUGAAUUAGAAGAGGAAGAGCAGCUUAUUCAAGCCUAUCAGCUGCAUGUGGCUGAGGAAGAGGCAAAUGCAAUUAAAACGAAAAUGAGAAAGAAACUUAAAGAACAGAUGUCUGAAUCUACCUCCACUGUUCAAAGGCAUGAAGUAGCAUUGAAUAAUGAAGUGGGCAAAAAGAAGAAAAAGAAGAAAGAGCGAGGAAUUGUAACUGAAGCUGAAACAAGUGCAAUGUCCCUUUCUGAGCUGCAGCAUCAUCAUCCAGAAGCAAGUGGCAAUGAAAGUCACUCACCUGAAAGACUAUUUACAUCAGAAGGACAGAAACUGGAGGCAAGCAUUGAAAAGCAGAAACCUAAAACCAAGAAGGUUAAGAAGAAAAGCAGAAAAGAAGAAACCACAGACAUUGCUCCAGAAAAUGAUGAGGAAAUGAAGAAUUCAGAAAUUUUAACUCAGUCUAAAUUUGGUUUUGGCGAUGAUCUUGUUUUGGGAGUUUAUAUCCAUCGAUCGGAUCAACUUAAAAUUGAUCACUUUGUAUCUCAUCCUGUGGUCAAAAUCCAUAUUGUUGAUCAGAGAAGUGGCUUGUAUGUGAAGAAGGAUUAUAGCAUGAAGGAAGAUUCUUCUUAUGAACAAGGAGAAGUAGAGCACAUUCUUCCUGUAAUGACACAACCAUGUGAUUUUAGAAAGUCUAAAUCAACAAUUCCAGAGUGGGAAGAGCAAGUAAUAUUUAAUGAACGUUUUACUUAUUUUAUUCAAAACACUGAGGAAAACCCUCAGGUUAUCCUGUUUUUUGAGGUUCUUGAUUCUCCAGUUAUGCAUGAAGUGAGAGCCAGCUCUGAUGUAAAAAUUCAGGAAGGUCGUUACCGAAAAAUUUGUUGGGCAUUUCUAAAGCUUGUAGGUGCAAAUGGAAUUCUAAAUGUUGGUGGAAAACUUCGUCUGCAAUUGUAUUACCCACCUUCAAGGACCAAGUCACAUUCAAAUGUAGUUGAGGUUUAUGACUGGUGGGCAAAAUGUCCUAGAAAUCGUUACCCAUCAACUUUAUAUGUAUCCGUAAAAGGCCUGAAACUGCCAGAUCAUGUUGGUCCUUCUUUUCACUCUAUGGCAGCUGUUCAACAGGAACAAAAUGCAGCACUGUCUGAGCUGCAGAGAGAAGGAUGUGAACUUUCUUUAGAGGAGAAAAAGGAGCCAUUUAAAUGGUCAAGAUUGCCUGGACAGGCUUGCCGCCUACCCAACAAGCACCUGCUUUCCCUGCGAGGUGGAGAUAUGGGCUGCUUCUGCAUCCGCUUCUCUCACGACGGGAGAACGCUGGCAGCAGCAUGUGCAGGAAGGAAUGGCUACCCCAUUGCUUUGUAUGAAAUUCCUUCUGGACAGUACCUGAGAGAAUUUUAUGGUCAUCUUAACAUAGUAUAUGAUCUUUGUUGGUCAAAAGACAAUCAAUGCCUUCUUACUGCUUCCUCUGAUGGCACUGUCAGAAUGUGGAAAAUAGAGAUGAAGGCAGCAUCUGCAGUGAGAGUUUUCCCUCAUCCUUCAUUUGUCUACACUGCCAAGUACCACCCAGUUGCUGACUCGUUGGUCGUGACAGGAUGUUACGACUCAGUGAUUAGAAUCUGGGAUGCAAAUGUGAAAGAAAUCCAUGGGCAACUGCUACAGGAGCUUGAUGGCCAUAAAAGUUUCAUCAACACACUUUGUUUUGAUGCAGAAGGACACCACAUGUUCUCAGGAGAUAGUUCAGGACUGAUAAUAGUUUGGGAUACACCUGUUAAAGGAAGUUCUCCACACCUUUUUCAACACUGGAAGGUCAAUAAGGAAAUAAAAGAAAAUGAUAUUAAAGGAACACCAGUAAAUCAUUUGGAAGUGCAUCCAAAUGGAAGGCGUUUAUUAAUCCAUGCCAAAGACAGUACCCUGAGAAUUAUGGAUCUCAGAAUCUUGGCGACAAAGAAAUAUGUAGGUGCUACAAAUUACAGAGAAAAGAUUCACAGCACCUUAACACCGUGUGGUACCUUCCUGUUUUCAGGAAGUGAAGAUGGAAAGGCUUAUGUUUGGAAUCCAGAAACAGGAGAUCAGGUGGCGACAUAUUCUGAUCUCUCCUUCACAUCUCCACUUCGUGAUGUUGCCUUUCAUCCACAUGAGCACAUGGUGUCUUUCUGUGCCUUUGGUCAAAACCAUCCAAUACUUAUAUACAUUUAUGAUUAUAAAGUUGCUCAACAGGAAGCUGAACUUGUAAGAGAUCUCAGUUCAUCACUUACCACAGCUGCACCAAGAGGGCCACACUUCUUUAGCAGUUUUUCUGAAAUUCCUGUACAAAAAAACUCAGUGAUGUCUCCAGCAGAUCAGUUUCUCAGUGUUGCAAGAGCAUCAAUGAGAAUGCAGAAGGUGAAACAAAAACUUGAUUCUGUUAUGGCAAACUCGAAUCUCUUGCUUCCUGCACCAUCAUCUCUCUCACCACACUCCAAGCUAAGACUGCCAGGCGCUCUGAGUAUUCCACUGAAUCCUCUGUAUUCUUUCACUGCUGAAAGUGGGUGCUUCAGCCCAGUAGGAAAUCCUCUUAGUCGAACACUAUUGGAUAGACUACAGAAGAAUGAUGACAGCCUGACUGCACUGGGAGUGGGAGGAGGAAACAGUUAUCCACCCGGGCAAGAGACUGUAGUGGCUCUUUAUGACUACACAGCGCAUCGAUCAGAUGAGCUAACCAUCCAUCGCAGUGACAUUAUCCAAGUGUUAUACAAAGAUAAUGAUAACUGGUGGUUUGGCAGCCUAGCAAAUGGACAGCAAGGCUAUUUUCCAGCUAAUUAUGUGGCUGGUGAAAAAGAAUAUGAAGAGCAGCCUUCAGGAUUAAUACCAGAUUCUGCUCCUCUCCUACCAGAAGAACCAACAGAAGCAGGGGAAGGUUUUAUGACACUAGAUAAGAUGUCAGCAGUCACCAGUAAGUCAGGGGACCUGAAAUUUAUCUCCAGACAUGACACAGAUAGAGACUCACCUGCAGCACAAGGUACAAAGAAAAAGAAGAAAAGGAUACAAAGGAAUGAGAGAGAAAAUCAGCACAACUUAAUGAGCAUCGAUACUCCUCUGUCAUCAGUUGCAACUAAUGGUGUUGAAAACGAACCUACAUCCCGUGGGGUGGAAUUGAAGAAGAAGAAAAAGGCAGUGAGAGGCUCAAACUUAAGCACCGAUGGAAGGACAAAUAUUGCCUUUGAGCUCGAACGCCAUGACGCAGAGGCAUAAUUUAUUUCUGAAUACUGGGGGAUGUUCAUUACACGCAUUGAAGGCUGCAAUUAUGAUCUCUCUUCUAGGAUUAACAAUAAGCAAAUAGAUUAAAAUAUCUAAAUAUGCAAAAUGGUACCAGUUGUGACUUACCAAUAGUGCAAACCUGUUUUGGAUGACUUUUGCCCUGGCUUCCUUGAAAUCAACAGAACCUGAAGGUUCAGCUCCUCACUGGACUGGAAAAGAACUGAAAUUGUCAAAUACAGUGUUUCCUAAUUUGAUAUCUGAUUAAACUAUCACUUAGGCAUUUGUGUAGACUGUAGAUCAAUCCAUUGCAAGCAAAGAAUCAAAUGAAAAAGUGUGAUCUAGAGCAAAACAUGCCCAACCAUUACAUAAGUUAAAGUAGCAUUUUAAAGUGUGCUGUAAGUUAAAUAGAAGAGUGUUCAGAAUGUUAAAAUACCAAAGGAGUGCUGACAUCAAGGUGUACCUGAAAACAUAAGCUUUCAAAAAUAUUUUCCUGACAUCAAAUAUGUGUUUGGACUGCAUUUUGCAGCUCUGAAGGGAGUUGUGGAGUAACUACCUAUGCAACUACACUGUGUUCAGUAGGACUACUUGUUCUUAUCAAAAUAAAUUAGUGUUUCAAAUUCCAGACAGUUGUGUUUUUCAACUGAGGUGUGCUGCACAUAGUAAAGAUUCAUUGGAGUUUUGUCAUAGUUCCUGGCUGUUUUGGCAGCAGUCUUGCCAAAUAUACUUUCAUUUGUCUGAACAAAAUACUUCAUAUCCAACUCUGCUGUUUGUUUUACUUGCACUCCUUAUUCACUUGUAAGCAUCAUUACUCUAUUUUUCUACUUGAGUAUUAUUUUGUGAACUUUUACUAAUGACUUCACUAAUUAUCUAUGGUGUUAAAUAAUUUAUGUUUUAUAUUAAACAAAACACUUUCUAUCA